AUGGCGCCAAAUGAUAUGGUCGUGAAAUUACCGGCGGAAAUAAAAAAGUGUAAAUACUGUAGAAGUAAUGUUGCUCAAAGUGCUUAUAAGUGUGAAGGAUGCAGUGAAAAUUAUCACUCAUCCUGUGCGCUAAGAAUUAAAGGACUACGUGUCGUGAAUGGUAGUAAAAAUCUAGUCUUGUGUCCCAGUUGUGCUGACUAUCCAAACCCAACAACUGAUGAAGAAAUAACAAAGAAAAACGCAGAAAUUGCGAAACUAAAUCAAAAGGUAUCCGAUUUACAAGCUAAAAAUGAUAAUAUGCAAGAAGAAUUCUCUUGGUUACGCAAUAAAUUGGACCUGAUGGAAGAAAGCAUGCAUAAAAAACUUGACGAAAUCAAGAACAUAGUCAAGAAAGAACAACAACGACAUAAAAAAAUUAUCGAGAACUCGGCCGCUCACAUUGGCAACGCUGGUACCGAUACUACGGAACGAGAUCCUGCGUUAAAUGAAACGAACACGACUGAAGUUUCCACGACAUCUUUGGCCAGAACUAGGAGAACAACCAAACACCAAAAAAAAAACUGCUCAAGAAGAUAUUGCAACAGCGCCAAAGAACAAAAACACCACAGCCGAUAUGUCAAAUUUGACUGACACUGAAGACGACGCCUCAGCUGUUGUGGAACAA